AAAUAUUAUCGGAAUCACAUUCGAUACGAAAGUGCGGUAAAACCGACUUAUUUGGAAGCACUGAUAAAAAUACGUCGAGUAAAGUGUUGCUGUUUCGAAGAGUCGUUACAUAUCAUCCGCGGUCAAACGAGUUAACCUCGGAUCGUCUGACAUCUACAGUUUACAGGAAUAUCUCACACCGCGAAUGUGCACUGUGUAGUUACGUUUGUCGCGGCAUAAAUCUGCGUAGAAACGAAUUUAUCAUCUGUAAUAGACGUCCCGAAACGACAGCAGGGACCACAGUCAUCUCGACAAUGUGAUGAUGACGAACGAUGGUUAAAGGGACACAUACAUCCUUUUCGGGUAUCUCUUUCAGCAUAUUACACCGUAUACAUCGGGCUGUGCCCUGUCACCUGGAUGUUUCAAUUUUGCACUGAGCAUUAGGUUUCUGAAAGCUACCAAUAUGUCUGCUACAGUGAAUUUGAAAUACACUUGUAUAAAUGAUCUCGUACAAAUGGCUAAAGUUGAUUAUACGAAGAAAGAACCACGUGAUGUAUACAUAAGAUUAUCUGGUAUGCGACAAAGAUCUGAUACUGCCAAAAAAGAAGGAGAUGAUGAAACAGCAUACAUUAUGUUGAGGAGAUGGUUGGAUACAAUCGAGUGGCUAAAAAGGCAUAAAGAUCAUAAAGAUGGUAAAACAAUCUAUACAGCGAAUAUAAGUAUUGAUCAGAUAAAUGAAGUGAAAAACAUACUUGCAGACUUGGGGCAAAAAUUACAAUUACGCUAUGAUCAUUCCAAGAAGUCAUCUCGUAAAGAUAUAAUAGAACAUAUGGAAAUAGAGGUAGAUGGUACAGAAGCCACAGAGGCCUAUACGCCAAGUACAGAUAUUACUUUGAAAUUACCAGAAACCCCAACUGACGAUCCUCUGUAUGGUGAUAAUGACAAAUUUAUAUCGUGUGAUCAGUUGUAUGCGUUACUUAAGGUAGAUAGCAGAUGCUUAGUCAUUGAUAUCAGACGGAAGGAACAUUAUGGAAGCUCUAGAAUAUUGUCUGACAAAUGCAUUAACAUUCCACAAUCAGAAAUUGAACUAGGAAUACUGGCCAUUCAUUUCUCAAAAUACUUGCAUAAAGAUAAAGAUAAGCAUUCAUUUGAGUUAUUCAAAUAUCGAUCUGCGCAAUAUGUGGACGUCGUGACCUUAUUGGAUUGGAAUACAACACCAGAGACUCUGACACCUAGCAAUAAAUUAAAUACAUUGAAGGAAAUUUUAGAGAAGUGGGAUCCUGGUGUGAAGUACAAGGAUAUCAAGAUUCUCAAUGGUGGAUAUCACGAAUGGUUAGCGAGGUACCCAGCGUUUGCAACGAAUCCGAAUGUGGCGGUGCCCGAGUUUCAUAGUGUUACGAACGAGAUCCUGGAUACAAUCGAGUAUCCGGACUGGCUGAACGAGGACGAGGAUGACGAGUUUACGAAAAAAACAUGGAGUAAAUUAAAUAAUGCGAAAACAUCCAACAAGAAGAAUACGGACACGGAGAUGGCUCACGGCGACAACAAGUCAGCAGCCAAACACAGCAGGUCCAACAGCAACGACGCCGUUUCCUCGAUCAAGCCUAAGAACUUCACUAGUCACGUAACGAUAUCAAUCGACGGCAAACGGUCAUCUCGGGGUGACAGUGCAACGAACACACGAUUCAACAGUUCGGACGCAUUACCUCAGCAGCAUCACAAGAUAACGUCGAAUAAGUUGCCACAGAACGAAGUGAGCACAAAACCGCUGAUCGAUCGCAGCAACAAGCCGAUCACUCUCAAGUCGACGUACGAUCCGCGAUGUAAGGAGGUGCUGAGGUUCAUGAAAGAGCUGAACGAACUGGCAAAGUCGAAGUCGAAAUUAGCGAACGAGCUUUUCGACCAUGAGUACGAAUUGUAUGCCCAACGUGAUGACAAGCACAGAGACGCCAGCGACGAGAAGUAUUUGCAGGGGGAAAUAAAGUCUCUGAAAGUCAAAUUGGAGGACAUGCACAAAAUGUACCUCAAGAUCGAGAAUGAGUUCAACGUAUACUCCAAGGAGGAGGACACAAUCAAAUUUAAUCCCACUGACGACAAUGAGAAGAAGAAUCUUGAACUUAAUCUGUCCAUGAUGAAGACACAAAUCAAAGGCAUCGAAAUGAAGCGCAAGAAGCUGCAGGAAGAUUUCUUGGAAAGAGAACACAGGGAAAUAACGAUGAAGCAAAAUGACAAUGACAUUCACAAGGAGCCUCUGAAAACGGACGGCUCGUCCAUUAACACCGGCCUGGAGCGUUCUUACUCGAGCCCGAAUUUGCUGCAGUUGGGGGAUCGUAAAGCACCUCAGGUAGAUAGAACUUCUAAGCCGCAUAUAUCGCCUCGCAAUCAGAAUGGAUCUAUUGGAAAUGAAAACGUCAAAGUGUCUCUUAGUUGGGGAAAUCGGGAGGAACGAAUGACCCCUAUUCACGGCAGUGUUCACCCGGGCAUAACCGGCCUGAAGAACUUGGGCAAUUCAUGUUACAUGAACAGCAUAAUUCAGUGUCUAAGUAACACGACACAUUUGGCGAAAUAUUUCACCGACAACUCGUACGCGGACGAUCUCAACACGAAUAACGAUAACAUGACGCAGGGCCAAGUCGUGGAAGAGGUGGCCCAAGUUAUCAAAGCGCUCUGGAGAGGUCAAUACAAGAGCAUAUCUCCUCACGAUCUCAAGGUCGCAGUCGGACAGUAUAAAUUGCAAUUCGAGAGUUACGAUCAACAAGACUCCCACGAGUUUCUCACGUUCCUCUUGGACUGGAUGCAUAACGAUCUGAAGAAGGAAUCGAAAAUGCCGAUCGAAAUGACCAAUGCGGAAAAAGAAUGGGACAAAGCGAUGAAUUCUCAGAAAUCUAUAAUAUCGGACUUGUUUUUCGGCCAGUUGAGAUCUACCAUCACAUGUUCGUUUUGCAAGCAAGCGAGCACCACAUAUGAGACGUUCAACAGUUUAACGAUGUCCCUGUCUCAUUCCAAUCGAUGUACCUUGAAUGAUUGUAUGGAAAAAUUUGUGACGGGGCAAAAGGUGAUCGGAUGGAAGUGUCCCAAGUGCCAGACACCCCGCGAUGCGACGAAGAAGUUCGACUUUGUCAAGCUCGCUCCCAUCGUCGUGAUUCACUUGAAUCGCUUCGCCGAGAGCGGCGGAUGGCUAGAAAAGCGCAACACCGCUGUUGAUUUCCCUCUCACAGGAUUCAAUCUGAAGCCUUAUCUCGUGUCGGAAAACCCGACGGCGAUGUCGAACAACAUUCGCAAUUACAAUUACACCUUGUAUGCGAUGUCUAAUCACUAUGGGACGAUGGAGGGUGGUCAUUAUACUGCCUUCUGUAAAAACGCCACUCAGAAUAAAUGGUACAAGUAUGACGAUCAAACCGUCACAGAAGUGUCGCCGAGUCAAGUCAAGUCUCAGAACACGAGCGCCUAUUUAUUAUUUUAUACAUCAUUUCCGAACAUGAUCAUGUAGUAUGAGGAUGCAAACGGAGAAACCAAGAACCGAUCGUGACGCAAGUCUCGAAAGUCUUCAGCGUGAUAUUACUUAAGAAAAGCGUCAUACAGGAGAACAUGAUCUUCAACGAUUUGUAGAUAUUAAUAUCGUUGGUCUUGAGUAAAAAGUUAUUAACUGACAUCGUGAAAAUUUUGAAGGAGAGAGAAAAAUUUUUUCGACAAAUUUUACCGGCCUUUACCGACAAUUCUGUUGCGUAACGUUCCACUGCGUUUUCACUGCAAUAAAAGGAAGAGGGAAAAAGAAAGCCGCGAGAAAAAGGCUUUAAAAUGUCAGCUAAUUUCUUUUUCCCUUGCAAACUCUGACGAGUCCGUUCAUUACGAGCCAUCUACCUCAAACUAGCCGACCGAAAGCAAUGGCAGUUGUUAACUUUUUUCGCAAAACCAACGAGAGUUUGUACGAUAAAUCCUAUGCGCGAGUGAACGUGUAGGGCUGUGACGGUAUUAAAAGCUUUAUCGGUGCUGGAAUUUCAUUAAGAAUAUGUAAAUAUAUGUAGGACGGUGGCAAUUUAUCUAUAUAUUUCCAUUACGGUCUGUCGCGCUAGAGAGGAUGCAAAACUUAGUUGUGUUCGAGAAUAUUUUAAUAUGUUAUAUAGCUUCGAAAUGAAAAUAUUGUACCAAUGUAUCUAGAUAUACGCAUACAUAUGUAUUAGACAACAUUACGUUCCAGCAAUGUUAUAUUGCAAUAUCGUGUCCCAAUUGAAUUCUAUUAUUUUCUUUUUUGAUUCGUUUGCCUUUGGUAUCUCGAAACGAAGCGGAAGGGACCAUAGUUCCUUACCUCAUCAGCGUCGGGGGUUCGUGUAAGAUUUAUCGCAGCCGAGGAAGAAGGUUUGAAUCCGAAAUCAAUCCUAUCGUUUGUAAAACGUCGUAUUUUGCACAAAUCUUCGUUCCAAAGGUCGUCAGCCGGCAUAACUUUAGACUGACGUAAAUCAUAGAUAGGCGGCACACAUCGUGUUCACGAUAGAUCGAUUAGCAGCGUUAAACUGCCUCCUUUGCUGCGCUGCCAGUAUCUUCGCUGCGACGCGAUCGUUUUGUCACGUUGAAACGAUGCGCUUCGUGGAAGAUCGUAAGCUUCUUAAUGAAACGUAAAUAGGAAUACCGUUACGCGCCUCGGCUUCUCAAGCAGUCCUGAGGAAAUCACGUCGUGAUUAUUCGCCAGCGUAAUGUUUCGGUAUCUAUAAUGUUGAGAUAUUUUGUACAUAUAUAUAGUGACCGUAUUAUAUACCAGAUUCUGAAAACAAUUCGCAGUCGCGAAGGCUACGGAACAACGGAGAACCUUCGCUAAACCUUCUAGUUUAUUGCGCGACUCGCGAUUGCCA